AUGACGCCCGAGACCAUCUUGUCGUUGCAGAACCCGGCCACCGUAGCCGCCAUGCAGAGCCACGUCGAGUGGAUGCUGAUGCGUCCGCACAUCAUGCAGGACAUCAUCUGCCGAGACCACCUGGGUCUCAAGGCUCCCCUCCUCCCUCUCGACGAGGACGAGUGUCUCGUGCCUCCUGUCCAGCGAGAACUCAACAUUGUCAAUGCGGGAAUCAUGGUGUCCAAUACCAUUGGGGGCGCCCUGGUUGCCCUUCCCCUAGGCAUGCUAGCCGAUCGAACAGGCCGAGUCCCUAUCCUGAUAAUCUCGAUAUUUGGCAUCAUCCUCUCGCAAUUAUAUACCCUCUGCAUCCUCUGGCGAUCCGACGUCGUUCCCCUCCGCGCCAUAUGGGGAGUGGGCGCAUUCCUCCUCGUCGGGGGCGGCCGCAGCGUCUCCGAGGCCGUCACCUUUGCCCUCAUAACUGACACUGCACCCCUUGUUCAACGGGCAAUCUGGUUCCAGUGCGUCAUGGCCGCCGUCAUGGCCGCCCGGGCCCUCGGCCCCGUCAUAGCCGGCCGCUUCAUGCAACCUGCAGCCAUGUGGAAGGUCCUCUGGGUAUCCCUCGGCCUCCUGAUAGCAGGAUGGCUCAUGCUGGCACUCUUCACGCCAGAGACCCUCCCUUGCUCUGACCGGACGGCCAGCGUGGCGGCAACAUCCACGACGACGACGACGGCGGCGGCGGCGGCUGCGGCCGGGAACAGAGGAGGGCGCAAGAGGAAUUUCUGCCGCAGACUCGUAUCCUGUCGUCCGGCCAUGCUCCUGCUCCCGGCCGCCAUCCUCACCGUCCCCGUGGCGACCGGCCAGUCCGACAUACUCGUGCGCCUCAUGCCCAUCCUCUUCUCCUGGACACUGGCCCGAUCGUCGCUCCUCCUGGCCCUGUGCAGCCUCGUCAUCCUCGCCACCCUGCUCAUCCUGUCUCCGCUCGCCUUCCGCAUCCUCGACCGCCUCAAGCCGCCGGCUCCGGACUCCAUCCCGACAGACCUCGUCGUGGUCCGCGCCACGUCGCUGCUGUUCCUGUUCGGCUCCUUCGCCCUCAUGAUGAUCAGGUCGUCGGCCGCCCUCAUCGUCGGUACGGUCCUCGUCUCCCUAGCUGCGGGGACGCCCAUGAUCGCACGCUCCCUGCUGGUGUCCUGCCUCGACGCCGAGGCAAGGCCGGCACCCGUCGUCGGCGAGGGCGGUGCAGGCAGCAGCGGUAGUUGCAGUCCCGGUGCCGGCGUCGGUGCCAGCGUCAGCGUCAGUGCUGGUACCGACGGUGCGGCCGACGAGGACGGCGGAAACGUCGUUGGCACCCUGUUCGGCAUCGUUGCCUUGGGCGAGAUCAUCGCCUUUGUCGUCUGCCAGCUCUCCAUGGGCGCACUCUUCGACGUCGGUCUGCACUCGUGGCUCGGCCUGCCAUUGCUGUUCGGCACCUGUCUUGCCCUAGUCGUCGUCGUCCUCGUGUGGGUCACUAAGAUGCCCGUGGCCGGAGAGAAGGAUGGGGCGGCCAGCACCGAUUCAGAUGUAUCCAGUGACCAAGAAAAGGACGAUGAUCGGCAAGUCCAGGAAGCGUAUGUAUAG